UGCGCAUUUCCGUUGCCAUACGUCACUUCCGGAUGUCAAUAUGCGGCUUGUUGCGGCGCUGGGAAACAGAACCACUGGAAAGAUGUAAACCAAGUCACCGGCGAGACACCAGCAGCCUCAGCAGACACCAGGCGGUAGCACCGCGCGAGGAAACCGAACCGAUUCACGGUAAAACACCACGGCGACCGGGGCAGCUCGUCGCCGGGUUGCGCUCCUCCGAGAGCCGCGGAGCGUUGGUCUAAAUCACGCAGCCAUCUUUUGUGGGAGACUAUGUGCGGGUCGACGCGGCGGGCCUGCUCGGGCUCCGGCUCGGGCUCCGGCCGCGGACGGAGCCUGCUGGUGCUGACGACGAGCACCGCGCUGCUGCUGUCGGCCGUCGGGCUGCUGGCGGGGCUGCCCGCCGCCGCCGAGGCCAAGGAGUGCGACAAGCCGUGCAUGAACGGACAGUGCAGCGCCGCGACGGGCGGCUGUGUGUGCUCCCCCGGCUGGGUCGGGGACCAGUGCCAGCACUGCGGAGGGAGAUUCAGGCUCACGGGGCCCUCGGGUUUUCUGACCGACGGACCAGGAAACUAUAAGUACAAGACCAAGUGCACGUGGCUCAUCGAGGGACAGCCCAACACCGUACUCAGAUUAAAGUUCAACCACUUUGCCACCGAGUGCAGCUGGGACCACCUCUACGUGUACGACGGAGACUCCAUCUACGCUCCGCUUCUCGCUGCUUUCAGUGGUCUUAUUGUUCCGGAGCGUUACGGGAACGAGACGGUUCCCGAGGUGGUGUCUCAGUCCGGCUACGCCCUGCUGCACUUCUUCAGCGACGCUGCCUACAACCUGACCGGCUUCAACAUUUCCUACAGGGUGAAUGCAUGUCCCAACAACUGCUCGGACCACGGCGAGUGCCGCGCGGGGAACUCCAGUGGUGCUGUGCGGUGCGAGUGCGACGCCAACUGGAAGGGCGACGCCUGCGACGUCCCGUACUGCCUGGCCGACUGCGGCUACCCCGAGCGAGGCAGCUGCCAGGACAAGAGAUGCGUCUGCAAGACCGCAUGGCAAGGUCCAGACUGCUCCGUCCCAGCGCCUGCCAACUCCUCUUUCUGGUGCCGGGAGGAGUACACCGAGGCCGGGCUGGCCAGGGCCGCCCACAAGGCCGUGGUGGACCAGGGCAUCAUGUGGGUCAUCGGGGGCUACGUCUUCAACGCCUCCGACUAUCACAUGGUCAAAGCGUACAACCUCAGCAGCAACAGUUGGAUGACCCUCGACCCCUCCGUCAAUACUGUCACCCCACGAUACGGCCACUCGCUGGCUCUGCAUGAGGGAAAGAUCUACAUGUACGGAGGAAAGAUCGACUCCACAGGAAACGUGUCCAGUCAGCUCUGGGUUUUCUACAUCCAGAACCAGACCUGGGUCCUCCUGAGCCCCCGGGCCAAGGAGCAGUACGCUGUGGUGGGACACUCUGCCCACAUCGUGCCCUCCAAUCAGGAGGGCGGGGGCGGCCCCGUCAUGCUGGUUCUGUUUGGACACUGUCCUCUGUACGGUUACAUCAGCCAGGUGCAGGAGUACGACAUCGCCAAGAACACGUGGCGCAUGGUGCCCACAGAUGGUGCCCUGGUUCAGGGCGGCUACGGCCACAGCAGCGUGUUCGACCCCGGCACCGGUGCCAUUUACAUCCACGGUGGCUACAAGGCCUUCAGCGCCAACAAGUACGGCCUGGCCGGAGACCUGUACAAGUUCGACGUGGACAAGAGUAAAUGGACCAUCCUGAGAGACAGCGGCUUCUUCCGAUACCUCCACACGGCGGUCAUCGUGAGCGGCGCGAUGCUGGUGUUUGGAGGAAACACGCACAACGACACGUCCAUGAGCCACGGCGCCAAGUGCUUCUCCUCCGACUUCCUGGCCUACAGUCUGGCGUGUGAUGAGUGGACAGUGCUGCCUCGACCAGACCUCUACAAUGACGUCAACCGCUUUGGGCACUCUGCAGUCUUCAGCGACAGUGUGAUGUACGUGUUCGGCGGCUUCAACAGCCUGCUGCUCAGCGACGUCCUCACGUACACCUCGCCCAGCUGCUCGGCCUUCACCAGCCAGGCGUCCUGCAGCCAGGCCUGGCCGGGGAUCCACUGCGUGUGGAACAGCACCCGGGGCGCCUGCCUUCCCUGGGAGAGCGACGCCGUCGGUGCUGAACCGCUGCAGCUUCCGGCCUCCUGCAACACAAGAUCAUACGCCGACAGCGAGAGAUGUGACCAGUACACCGACUGCUACAGCUGCACCGCCAACACCAACGGCUGCCAGUGGUGCUUGGGCCUGUGCGUGUCUCUGGGAAGCAACUGCACCUCGGCUACGGGAGCAAUAGGGGAGUACGACCUUUGCCCCAGGGACAACCCCUCAUAUGUGUGCAACAAGAAAACCAGCUGCAAGAGCUGCGCCGUGGACCAGAACUGUCAGUGGGAUCCUCGCAACCAGGAGUGCAUCUCACUGCCAGAGAACGUGUGCGGGGAGAGCUGGCACCUGGUGAGCAACUCGUGUCUGAAGUUCAUCACGGCCAAGGACUCGUACGACAACGCCAAGCUGGCCUGCAGGAGCCACAACGCCGUGCUGGCCUCGCUCACCACGCAGAAGAAGGUGGACUUUGUCCUGAAGGAGCUGCAGAUCAUGAGCGUGGUGUACAAGGCCUCGGUGACGCCCUGGGUGGGCCUGCGGAAGAUUAACGUGUCGUACUGGUGCUGGGAGGACAUGUCGCCCUUCACCAACACCAGCCUGCAGUGGCUGCCCGGGGAGCCGAGCGACGCCGGCUUCUGCGGCUACCUGGCCGAGCCGGCGUCCAGCGGCCUGAAGGCUCAGACCUGCAUCAACCCGGUGAACGGCAGCCUCUGUGAACGGCCAGCCAACCACAGUGCCAAGCAGUGCCGGACGCCGUGCGCCAUGCGGACCACCUGCAGCGAAUGCACCAGCAGCAGCAGCUCGGAGUGCAUGUGGUGCAGCAACAUGAAGCAGUGCGUCGACUCCAACGCCUACGUGGCCUCGUUCCCCUUCGGACAGUGUAUGGAGUGGUACACCAUGAGCUCGUGUCCACCGGAGAACUGCUCCGGGUACCGGACCUGUGGCCAGUGUCUGGACCAGCCGGGCUGCGGCUGGUGCACCGACCCCAGCAACACGGGCAAGGGCCAGUGCAUCGAAGGCUCGUACCGCGGCCCCUUCCAGACGUCGGUGCCGGCCCCGUCCACCCAGCCCGGCCUGCUCACCAGCCCCCAGCCGGCGCUCAACGUCAGCAUGUGUCCCAACGAGGCCAAAUACAACUGGUCUUUCAUCCACUGCCCAGCGUGUCAGUGUAACGGUCACAGUCAGUGUCUGAACGAGAGCGUGUGCGAGAAGUGCGAGGACCUGUCGACCGGCCGCAACUGCGAGAGCUGCAUAUCCGGCUUCUACGGAGAUCCGACCAACGGCGGCAGCUGCCAGCCCUGCAAGUGUAACGGCCAUGCCAGCAUGUGCAACCCGAGCAACGGCAAGUGCUUCUGCACCACCAAGGGCAUCAAGGGAGAUCGCUGCCACCUAUGUGAAGUGGAGAACCGUUACCAAGGCAACCCCCUCAAAGGAACAUGCUACUACACGCUGCUUAUCGACUACCAGUUCACCUUCAGCCUGUCGCAGGAGGACGACCGCUACUACACCGCCAUCAACUUCGUGGCCACGCCUGAGGAGCCCAACCGGGAUCUAGACAUGUUCAUCAACGCCUCCAAGAACUUCAACCUGAACAUCACCUGGGCCACGAGCUUCACUGCAGGAACCCAGGCCGGGGAGGAGAUCCCCAUCGUCUCCCGCAGCAACAUCAAGGAGUUCAAGGACAGCUUCUCCAACGAGAACUUUGACUUCCGCAACAACCCGAACAUCACGUUCUUCGUCUACGUCAGCAACUUCACGUGGCCUAUCAAGAUUCAAAUCGCCUUCUCCCAGCACAGUAACUUCAUGGACCUGGUGCAAUUCUUUGUCACAUUCUUCAGUUGCUUCCUGUCGCUGCUCCUGGUGGCCGCCGUGGUCUGGAAGAUCAAACAGAGCUGCUGGGCGUCAAGGCGACGAGAGCAACUGCUGAGAGAGAUGCAGCAGAUGGCGAGCCGGCCCUUCGCCACCAUCAACGUCGCCUUGGAGACGGACGAGGAGCCACCUGACCUCAUAGGAGGGAAUGUGAAGUCUGUUCCGAAGCCCAUCGCCCUGGAGCCCUGCUUGGGCAACAAAGCCGCCGUGCUCUCCAUCUUCGUGCGGUUACCCAGGGGCACCGGGGGCAUCCCCCCUCCGGGACAGUCUGGUCUGGCGGUGGCCAGCGCGCUGGUGGACGUCUCUCAGCAGUUGUGCGCGGGCUACAAGGAGAAGUCCGGAGGCCUGAGGAACCGCAAACAGCCGCCCACCGCACAACCCUCCACCUGCAUCUGACCCCACCCUCGUCCCUCGACUCCGCCGCUCCCACAGCCAGAUGCUCUCCCUUUAGAGCCCCCCACCCGCAGCCUGCCUCGGCCCCCACCCACCCACCCACCCCCCCCUCCUUGAAGAGACUUCGGCCAGCUCCGCUCUGGCAGGGAGAAGUGCAUGCUGGGACACAGGACUGGGGCAGUUUUGGGUGAGGGGCAGAGGCAUCCCGCGGACCGGAGCCUCGCGGUGGGCUUCCCCUCCGCUCUCGUCCCGCAGGAACUUUCUGUUCCCCCCUCGAAACUGACACUGGACACGAGGAGGGGGAGCAGGGGAGGGAGGGAGGGAGGGACCAAGCAGGUGCUUCCUUCAACCUUUCCCAUCAGAAAAUAACAAAACAAACAAAAAAAAAGAAAACAAAAAAACAUUUUACAUGUGUCGACACCGCCUCAUUGUUGUCCGGGCGGCCGCGGCUUGCUGCUAGAAGAGAUCGUCAUCUCGUAGGUUUUUGAAGAAUCCAGAGACUUUGCAGCAGCGACUCUGUUGCAGAGUCGUUCUAGUACUUAAAUUAUUGUUGUUCUAUGUUUUGUAUUGUGUUAUUUUUUUUUGAAGGCAGGAACAAACUGGACAUGUUGCAAUGAAGCAUGCGACCCCCCGCGCACGCACACACACACGCACACACACACACACACACACACACACAGACAUACACAGACAUACACACAGACAGACACACACUCUCUCUCUUAUCUCGCUGACAAAUACCGACAUUCCAGGCAUCAGUAGCACCUUCAGACUUCCUCCGGUGAAGAUCCCACACACACACACACACACACACACACACACACACACACACACACACACACCCUCCAGCGUGUAACGAUUGUCCCCUUGUCAUUGUCGCGAGCUCUUGUGAAACGGGCUUCCUAUAGAUUGUCUGACUGAUGCACUGAAGUGAUUAGUGUGAUCUGUGUGAGGGGAGUCGGGGGGUCCAUCGCCUCUAAUUGCCGCUGGCGCGUCCCCAAACACCCCACAGCCCCAAACCGUUGAAUGGCAGUUGCUCGAUGUCCCUGAGGUUCAGCUGCAGCGACGUCCGUGUUCGUAUUGAUGCAGCCACAGUGGAGAUGCAACAUUUGAACGGUACCGGUCCGACGGCUCCGAACAUGAAGCGUGUACAUGAGUCACACGUACAUCUUCUAAUUUGCACCUUUUUUGUUAAAUGGGACUUUUGGAAUGGCCGUGAGUCAAAACAAAAAAACAAGAGCAGAAUGCAGAACAUGCGCUUCUUUCUCUCAACAUUACCUCUUCCACCCUUUUUGUGGGAGGUUUGUCAAAGCUGGUCGUUUUUUCCUCAUCUGGACUCUUUCAAGAUACCGUCCUCCUCCUCCUCCUCCUCCUCCUCCUCCCUCGCAUAAAGUUAUUAACUCCCCCGCCCUCGGAGAAAGUACAGUAAUAGAACAAAUUUAAUAACUCGCAUUCCGCCCCUAAAGAGCCCGGCGUGUUUAGCUGCGGCCUCUCGCAUGUGCUCGGCGAACUCGAACCGCUCACCGUCUGGUUAAAGGGCAAACUUUUAGCACCGCGGAAAGGUCAGAGCGGGAAGCAUGAACAACGUUGACAGUCUGUAAUUAUAGCGUAGCUGGAAGUGCUCGCGACCAACUCUCCACCUCUCGGUGAGGAGGAGGAGAAGGAGGAGGACGAGGAGGACGAGGAGGACGAGGAGGACGAGGAGGAGGAGGAGGAGGACGAGGAGGAGGAGGAGGACGAGGAGGACGAGGAGGAGGAGGAGGAGGAGCCACGCGUGCACUUCACACGCUCCCUUUUAUUAUCAACCGGCUUUUUUCAUUUGCUCUUUUGUCCACUCGAGUUUCUCUUUAUUUCAUCCUUCAUGUUUGGUUUCAGGUUUUGACGAUGAGUCCGUCGCUUCUGCUGAACGUGAUGGUAGAAGAUCACCAGGAGCUGUCAGACGUGUGGUUGGAGAGUCCACCUGAUAUGAAAUACAGAAAAAACCUCCCAGGAAAUAUUUCCGAGCGUUCAGGUUUUUUUUCUUUACUUUUCUUCUUUAUGUUUUUUUGAGGCCUGUGGGAGUUUUAUUUUUACAAUUCGUAUCAGUUUCCCCCCCACGCACUCGACAUCUCUUCUCAGGUGUGCGGGGCUUUUGCUUUUUAACUUUGUUUCCCUGCACUACUACCAGAAUGUUUGGCAGGAAACCAACCAAGAGUUUGGAGGUUUUCGUUUCAAUUCCAUGAAACUCUAGUUGCGUGGUUGAAGAGCCGACGCUAGUGGGAACAUGUCGGCAUGCACAAGCGUCUGUGGCACACGGACUAGCAGAUAUCGUUUUUUCUUCCUUGGCAGAAAUGGUGCAACUUUCCACUUGUCAGGGUCAAAUAUGAUUUUUUUAUAAGAAACAGCCUCCGUUUGCCAAAUUGGUGGAGCUGAACUCGUUUGCAGCUUAGAGCAAAAUAACUUCAUAACGUGAAGCCAGAAUGAGACUCUGAGCUGUUGACCUGAAUCUCAUGACCCAUCAUCUCGUGACCCAUCGUCUCAUGACCCAUCAUCUCAUGACCCAUCGUCUCAUGACCCAUCCACAUCUCUGUCCUCCGCAGCAUUAAGAGCAGCGUCUGAGAUCAGCCGGCAUCUCACACAUUAGAUCUUUUUUCUGUAGGUGAACUUUCUCAUCCCACAAUGCACUGCUGCUGCUAGAGAAUCCCUUUACUUCAAUUAUUUGUCUCCUUCAUCUCCUCCAGGGUGAAUCUAAUUCUGCGGCUGAUUCCAAUGAACUGUACUGUUAAUUUUACAAAGAUUGUGUUUUGUUUCUUUUGUAAACGAAUGUAAAAUGUGCAGCCAAGGUAAAAUCUGUAACCUGCGAUCGUCACCCAGUGACGGGGGGUGGAGCCGGGGCCUCUCCUCUCCCAUGAUCCUCUCUGCUCGGUGGCUCGGAAACAAACGCCAUCGACGCGAAACAAACUGACCGACGCGUCCUCAUGUCCUAACAAAUGUGUUUAAAAUCAUAUUGCGUCGUUUACUUUACUCGUGGGCACAUUGUCGUAUUAGUUUGCCCGUCGCCGCCCCCUGCAGGCCAGUGGAUUACUGACAGGAAUGUGUUUUGACACAUUGAUCCGUGGAGCCACAAGCGGUCAGACACACCCACAGGGGAACUUUAGGUUACUGCUGAUGCAACACAAACAUGUCAUGCUGCUGCGUCACAUUAAAAAGGGACCCGCCAGGAAACCAGUGGGGGGGGGGGGGAAGCAUCUGUCACUGAGCUAGCCGUGCUUCUCCGUGGUGCUUUUUCUUCACAUGUAAAGAAUUGGUUCACUGCCAUAUCUUGUCAGCGGGUCAGUUUUAAGAUAUUGAUGGUGGAGUUAGCAGGAGAAGAGCUGCAGGCGAACGGCUUGAACCAUGUGAUCGAUGGCUUUUACCUUUCGGAGAAAGACGCUGUGCAAAAAAUGAAAAAUUCCAUGUAUGAUUUUAUUAUGAGAAAUGUACCUUUUCUUUUUCUUUUCCUGAAUCCUACCACAACGACAAAAUAUAAAAAUCCAUGAGCACAAUACAAACUCCACUGUACUGACGUUGCGUUAUAGGAUCCCCGGCUCCUACACUCUUGAUUUUCCAGAUGAUAACCUCUGUGUGUCGUCGUCGUCCCCCCCACCCCGAGCUGCUUUGUGGAACUUGUGUAGGAACCCGUUUGCACGUGCUGCCGUCGUGCCGCCGAGCCAAACCCGCCGUCGCACUUCGUUCAGAUGUCGAGAGACGAUCAGCGACGGCCCCCUCGAUCUCGCCCCCUCGCUCAAACGCCUCAAUAUUCAUCGGGUGAAGCACUUCACUUUACACUGGCCUUAUUUCAGCUUUUUAUUAAUCUCUGCGUCUACUGAUACAGAUGUACAGCAAAUGCACAUUUAUAAAGUGCGAUCAGUUCCUGGAAACCUUCGUGAUAUUCAACAAACACUGGCAGCGUUAAUCUUUUAAAAAGGCUUUAAUACGAAGCGUCAGAAUAAGGUCAUUGUAAAGUUAGACUCGACCCUCUUUUCUUUCUGUCUCUCUUUGUAUAGCGGCAUUAUAUAUAUAAAUAUAUAUAUACUGAUGAAGUAGUUUGUUAAUAUGUUUAAUUUAGCAGUUGCUGUUUUUGUUUAGGUUUUUUUGUAAAUAAUGAGAAACUAUUGUGAAUGACAUUUGUUGAAUGGUUUUCCUAAAAAGAAAACCUCUACGGGCUUUUAAAGAUGUGACGACGGCGCACAGCGUAUUUUGUAUGUAAAGGCGAGCAAGCAUUACUAGAAGCUGAUGAAACUACGUGUACAACUCGAGGAUAAACGAUUAACGACGUUAAUGUAAUUACUGAUGUACAUAAACAGAAGAACGAAUGACACUACAGGUUUUUUUUUUGUCUAUUAUUAAAUGUGAAAAUCCA